AAUAAAAACAUGGUGUCAAAAGCGGUGUUGUGUAAUGAAGGCGUGUAAGUGAAUGUUUUGUUAUAAAAACAAAAUACUGUAAAUUGAGUUAUACAGCCAAUGCUAUAGCUGGGUGCCGCGGCGCGCGGGAGUGGUGGUGGGGGUAGCCAGCCGCGGGGCGGGAGAGGUUGCCGCAGCCGCCGCCGCGCGCGCCACCGUCGCUGCCGCGGUGCGUCCACGGAGACGGAGCGUCAGUCUGUGUCGAUGCCUCGCCACGGGAGCACGCGCGCGCGGGCGAGCCGGGCGUCGUGGUGGUCGUGCCUGCUGCUCGCGGCGCUGGCGGGCAGCUGCGCCGGCAGCGAGGACAUCCAGGUGGCCGUGCGCAACCUGGGCGACGCGCUGCGCUCCAGCAUGCUGCGCCCCGUCAACUACAGCGAGCCGCGCCUGGACGCGGGCUACCGCGCCGCCGCAACCUUCAACCCGCGCGGCAUGGGCACGCUGUACAACGUCACCAACGUGUUCAUCGACCUGGUGGUGCGCGAGCAGACCUUCCCCGAUGAGCUGGUGGUGGCCAUGAACGAGUCGCGGGUGGACGCGCGCUUCGCCCAGCUGCACUGGAAGCUGCUGGUGCAGCACUACGCCGGCCUGGUGGGCGUCGCGGCGGCCGGCCUCGUGUUCGCCGUCGUCCUGCCGCUCGUGGGGCUGGCCUUCUGCUGCUGCCGCUGCUGCGGCCGCUGCGGCGCGCGCUCCGAGCCCUUCGAGAAGCGGCGCGACCCCUGCCGCCGAGUCGCGCUCGGCGUGCUGCUGUCCGCCGUCACCAUCGUCGUGCUGUUUGGAGUUGUGUGUGCCUUUGUGACGAAUCAGUACCUGGAGGAGGGGGUGAAUAGCUACCCCAGGAAGUUGCGAACGGGACUUCAAGAUGCGGAGUUGUACUUGGAUAACACAGACAAGGAGUUCCAGACUUAUUUGGUGACAAAUUUUGGGGAGUUAAGAUCCACCCUUCUGUCUGCACUUUCAAGUGCUGGUGACGUGGUGAAGUACGAGCUGUCCAUGCUGUCCAAUGCCACAAUCCUCUCGAACCUGACUGCGUUUGUGACGGGGCUGAAGAGCAUUAAGUCGGAGCUGGGGGACAUCUCCGGCCACGUGGGGGAGCUGCAGACCCGCACGACGGUCCUCAAUAGCACUUUGUCUCUGGUGAAGGACAAUUUGACUGAGAACCUCAAGCAUUGCCAGUCUGUUUCCGAAUGUGCGGACCUUGUGAAGCAAGUGAAAAACUUAUCGGCCGCCGACUUUGACACGUUCCUAGCGAGAUAUUUUCCAGAGUUACCAUCAGUAGACAACAGCUUGGAAAGUGUCACUAAACUUUUAGAAGGAGGUGGUAUUGUCACAAACAUCCAGAAUGCCAUUGCUCAUUUUGAGAACUUGAGCCAUGAUAUCCAGACAAACAUCAGCAACAAGACACCAGAAGUGGAGAAAGCCAGUUUGGAUGCAGGUGAAAAGAUAAAAGAAAUAGCAAAUGAAAUAUCCCAAGCAUUGAAAGAUGUCAAAACUCAACUUCGAGGUGCGGAUAAUACCAUCACUCAGGGGCAAAAAUACAUAGACAAGUAUGCUCGUUACAGGUAUUACCUGUGUCUUGGGAUUAGUUGUAUUCUCCUGCUGAUCCUGUUCUGCCUCACCAUGGGGCUGUUCUAUGGGUUCUGUGGGAAGAGGCCGGAUGAGUACGGCAGCGACUGUUGCACCCGAGCCACAGGAGGAAAGUUUCUCAUGGCGGGCGUGGCCUUCAUGUUCCUGUUCUCCGUGCUGCUGAUGGUGCUGACGCUCGUGCUCUUCCUGGUGGGCGUGGCCGGGCACAAGGUGGUGUGCGAGUCUCUCCAGUCCCCGCGCGACAGCCAGGUGUUCGGCCUGAUCGACGGACGCGUCAACAUCGGCGGGAUGUUCAGGUUCCCCAACAGCAGCGGCGGCAUCGACACCACCCUCAGCAACGUCAUCGUUACUUGCCAGAAGAACGCAAGCUUGUACGAAGUGCUACAGCUGUCCCGAGUGAUUGACGUUUCAAAAAUAAGCCAUUUCCCAACCACGUACAACAUGACAAAUUCUAUUGCAGAUAUUAAAAGAAUGACGUUCUCUCUUAAUAAUAAAGAUUUCGAGAUUCUAGACAGUUUGACAAAGCAAAAGCUGCGUAACUUGUCCCACUCCUUCGACAACAUCAACUUUGAAGCUUUCAAUAAGAUGCAAGAUGCUGUUGUGCAGAUUGACUUGAUGAAUCUAGCUCGGGACCUUAACAACACGGCUGACAUACUGGCUGGUAAACCUGCUCUGGAUCCACAGAUAGCGGCCUCGCUGCGGAUGCAGUCGGCGAAGCUGCAGCGUCUGCAGGAGACGGAGGUGCUGGAGUUGAGCCGGGUGGUGAGGCAGCUGAAGGACAAGACCCUGGCGCUCCAGACGGACAUGAAGUUCAACCACUCCUCGCUGGGGGAGGCGGUGGAGAGCCUCGUCACGUCCGCGGGCGCCGUCGAGUCGUACAUGAAGGACAACGGCACCGACUCCAUCAACAUGCUUAUCGAAGAGUUCCUGAACUCUUCUGUCAGGAUGGUGGAUGCGUUCCUGAAGCGCACAAUCAACAACGUGACGGGCGCGGGGAGAUGCGGGCCGCUGAGCCAGGUGUACAGCUCCGUCGUCGUCGCCACGUGCCACGAAGCGCUGGAUCCUCUUAAUGGAUUCUGGGCAAGCAUUGGCUGGUCACUCCUGCUCUUCAUUCCUGCCAUAAUACUGUCCGUCAAACUGGCUACUCUGUACAAAAAAUCAGACCCCUACCCUGGACCGCUCGUUGAAUCUGAUUACUUGUAUGAUGCGUACGCCGAUCGCGAUAACAUUCCACUAGCAAACGUCCACGACAAGAAGGGCCACCACCGCCGCUACGACGAGACGUACGACAACUCGACCGGCUACCUGGGCGACUACAGCGCCCACCUGGGGCGCGACCGUGGCCGGGGUGACGGGAGGGCGGACCGAGGGCCCGCCGCGGCUGCCCACAACGACGGCCGCUACAGCGACAUGGCUCCCAAGUACACACGACUAGGGAACUGGGACUACCCCAACGGGAACUCGCCCCGCUACAAUAGUCCCCCCCUGUCCACAGAGUAUGAGAGACCUCCACCGUACUAUUAUCCGGGGCCAGGUGACGCGAGGAGGUAGGGAACCAUGCGAGGCCAGGAGGCUGCCCUGUAUCGGUUCUGCGACUGGAUGGCGAAGGGGGAGGAGGAGGAGGGACCGACCAGCGCGUCGCCGAGGUGGCCGGGCACUUGCGCCAACCCUUCAUUCCACCACAAAGAUUUUAUUUUCCAGACAAGUGUUUUACGAACAGGACUGCGUACAAAUAAAUCUGGCACGUUAUCUUUUGUAUGAAAUCCGUUUUAUAUUUUUAAGUUUUGGAGGUGUGGAAAAAAAACUCUUUUUGUGAGAUUAUGUGCCAUUUUUCUGAACUUGUGAUAUGUGUACUUCGUGAACAGCCAGAAUGGCCGACGUUAUCUGGUGGAAGGAAGAUGAGAGCAACAGAUAACUACUUUCAAAUGGUGGAAAUUAAUGGGUGGAUUGUGGUUGAAGAUUUUACAUGGUGUUCAUGGUGUACUCUUGCUGCAGUAUUCCUAGACUGGCAGGAGAAUUUUGUUUUCAUUUGUGCAUAAUAUUUUUAUAGUUGUUGAAAUGCACAGAUAUCUUACUGCUUGCACAUUAGUGGAUGUGACGCGUAAAGUGCUUAGAACUGUACAUUUACGAGAAUACCACAUAUUUGUUUUUAUAAGUGUAAAUAAUUAAUCACAUUUCAUGUUGUUGGAAAUGAAAUGUACCUCCAGAGACAUUGGAUUGGGAAGGUUUAUUUGGGACUGUUGAGGUGGAACUUGCCAUAAUGUUAUCAAAGUAACUUUUGAGUGGCAGACAUGCUGAAUUGUUGAAUUAUAAUUAGUUAUUUUAAUGUAUGUGAUAAUACUUUACAUUUAAUUUUUCUAUUUAUAUAUAAUGCUUCUCAACAUGUGUAGACUUGAAAUAUUUGUGUAGUGAACAUCACAAAGAUAUUACUUUAAGAGAAUGAAUGAUGUGAAUUUGAACUUGAACAUAACUUUUUCUACUGCCAAUUGUGUAUGCAAGAUGUGUACGUGUGAUUUCUGACAAAAAUGAACGAUACACUGGCUAGACAGUAUGUUACUAGUCCAUUUUAACAGAAUAACAUUAUUUAUUUGUACCAAUAGUUACUUCAUACAAAUUGCUUACUAAUAAAUUUUUUAUCAUCAGUGACAGUACUUUUCAGUAGCUGUUGAAUAAAUGUUUACUGCUCGCAUAGGUACUCAGUUUACAAAUGUGAUAUGUUUCACACUGUUGCCAGUGUUCAUGAUUCCAUUAACCCAUAAAUAAACAAUGAUGUUAAAUUCUUGCUGUGUAGAUGAUAUUAAAAUUUAAACAUUGUCUUGUUAAAAAAAAAAAAAGUAAUUUAAUCCUACCCAAGGCAAAAAGAACCAUUUUCAAUGGGUGUAAAUUAGAUGUCCGGUAGUUUUAAUAACACAAUGUACCCGUCCACAAUAUAUUUUUUUCAAAUUAGGUAGAUGAUAAAUUGUUCCAAAAACACAAGAAAACCACACAAAAUAAAAAAAAAUAAUGCGGGUCUAAGAAAUUUGGAACAAAAGUUUUAGAGUGUAUAGCAUGUAUAUUUUUCAAAAGUUUGUUCAAUGAUGUCAUUUUAAAUUUAACACAUGUAAAUUCUAUCACAGUUGUGCUCCGUCUGUGUGUCUGUCAUAUUGAUAAUUCUUUUAAACCAUAUUUCUUCUUAGUGAAAUAAGGUCCACACAGAAGUAAAAGUGUAACAUAAAUAAAUUAUAUAUUGUCA